UGAGCUGAGUAUUUACUCCAGAUCUUGGGGAUUUUUGAGUCUCUCACUGCGGAAUGUCUUCUGUACUUUUGAAGUGAGUGUAAGCUUUGACUCAGUAAAUCACCACUUACUCAGGCGAGCAGAUUGCCUCUCAGACAACCUGCUCUCUGGAUGGAGAAACGUUGCUGCAAAAUGAGGGCGCUGUGUUUGAACUUUGCCAUCACCUGUCUGUGGCUUCUCCCUUCAGCGGUCCAAGAAACAGCCAAACCCUUGGACUUUCAGAGCCAACAAUGGAGAGAGGAGGAAGGAGGAAGAGGAGACAGUGUAGGAGCUGCUUUGAAGGUUAAACAUAUCUCCAAAGAUUUACAGAUCAUCUCUACCAAGCACAAAACACCAGCUUACGGCUCCCUCGGCCCGUAUGGAUGGCCUCAGAACUUCUCACAAGCCCUGGACCAGUACCUGUACCGCCCUCCUCCCAAAUCCAAACCUCCCGCAAAAACAUCCCCAAAGGCCAAGAAGAUUCUGGGCUGGGGCGAUUUUUACUUCAAUGUGAAAACAGUGAAGUUCAGCCUCCUGGUGACGGGGAAAAUCGUGGACCACAUCAACGGCACAUUCAGCGUCUACUUCCGCCACAAUUCAUCCCGUCUGGGGAACAUAUCCGUCAGCAUCGUUCCACCCUCCAAAGCUGUAGGAUGGGAGGUUUUGGAUCCGUCGGCUCAACAAGUUCACACCAAAAACUCAGUCUUGGUUCCAGAUCUGACAUCCCAGUUCCAGAGUCCACCUCAGUCCACCAGCUCCACCCCUCUGGACCAGCAGAAGCAGCAGCAGCAGGACGUGAUGAUGGUGACCGAACUCAACUGCCGGAUUGAAUACCAGAGAACCAACCGGUCCAAGAAGACCAAGCCCUGCCUGUACGACCCGGGACAGACCUGCUACUCAGAAAACACCCAGUCCCAGGCAGCCUGGAUCUGCGCCAAACCCUUUAAGGUUAUAUGCAUCUUCAUCGCCUUCACCGGCACCGAUUACAGGCUGGUGCAGAAAGUCUGUCCAGACCACAACUUUCAGACUGAGCAGAACCAGCAGCACUUCGGAUGACAGAUUCUGAGACGCUGAAACUGAGAUAGCAAACACUGACUUUUCGUACAUCCCUUAAAACCAUGUGUUCAAUUUAGGUUCAACAUGUUUUUAUACACCAUUAAAAAAACAUUUUCAACAUGUCAGUGAGCACAGUUUGAGCCACAACUUGUGUUAAUGUGUUAAUAGCAGCGCUUGUCUAUGAUGAGAUUUAUAAUGUGAGCUUUGUGUUUGUCUGAAACUAUUCUCAUCUGCUGAAAACUCUACAUUGUCUUUAAAAAAACAGUGAUUCUGGAUAUCAUUUUGUGUGUAGUGUUUUAAGAAUUUUGUUUUCUCAAUAUGCAUUGAUAUAAGUGAGGACUUUAAAUCCAACAUUUGAUAUUCUCCACUUGAAAAAUGUGAUUUCAUAGCUCAUUAAUAAUAUAAAAUAGAUAGAUCUUUAGCGACAGAAUCAUCUGUAGUUUUUGAAACAUGGACUGACUUCAAGUGCUUUUUUUUACUAUAAAAUUAACCUGUUCAUUGUACAGUGACUAUGA